GUCACUAAUGUGCGUCGGUUACUAUGACAACGCCUCACAUGCGCCGUGGUAUCCAGUGAAAACAAAAUGCUAGCUUCCGAUUGAGCGUGCCGCCAAUUAUGGCCAAAAUAUACACUGACAAGUUGUGGGAACUUGCCGCCGCCGAGGUCCAGAGUCGAGAGAGCGGAGACGGAGAGGACGCCGGUGAUGGUGGAGGAGGAGAAGCAGUCGGAGAGAGGACCGUCUUUCUCAUGGGAAGCAAGGCCGGGGGUAAAACGUCUAUUCUACUCAGAUGCCUGGACAGGGAUGAAGCAGCUAAGCCCACAUUGGCUCUGGAGUACACGUUUGGCAGGCGAGCUGCAGGACACAACACGCCCAAAGACAUAGCCCACCUGUGGGAGCUGGGUGGAGGGACCUCCUUAUCCGAUCUGGUGCAGAUCCCCAUCACUGCUUCCAGCAUCAGAUCGCUGUCUGUCAUUGUGGCGGUGGAUCUAUCUGCUCCAUGCUCUCUGUGGGCCACCUUGGAAACGCUGCUGCAGGCAGCGCAGCUCCACAUCGAGCAAGCGGCAUCUCGGGCGCGACAAGUCAAUAAAAGCGGAAUGGGAGCCAAACAUCGGGCAACGGCGCCCUUCGCGGCACGCGUCCUGCCUAGAGACUACCCUGACCGAGAGCUGAUCAGCCCAUUCCCGGUCCCUCUGCUCAUCAUCGGGAGCAAGUAUGACCUCUUUCAGGAAUUGCCGUCGGACAAGAGGAAAGUGGUUUGCAAGACAUUGCGUUUUGUCGCUCACUAUCACGCUGCCUCACUCGUUUUUAGCAGCAUCAAGUCCGAGAGUCUCAUGUCCAAGACCAAGAGCUUCUUCUCCCACCUGGCCUUCAACGUGGACAUGGGAAAAACUGUGUCGUUCGACUCCACCAAACCUUACAUCAUUCCAGCCGGGUCGGACUCACUCAGCCAAAUCGGCUCUCCUCCCACGACGGAUGUGGACAUCACUUCCCUGCAUGCUAGGAACCCCAAAGACCUCUGGAAGAAAGUUUAUGAGCGCAUCUUCCCUCCUGAGAACACUAGUGAGAAGAAGGAGGUAAAGGAUCCAGCCAAAGACCCGCAAUACAGCGAGCCGCAGAUUGACGCCAUGCGGGCACAGAAUGAUCAGGAGUUGGAAGAAUACAAGAAAAAUGCAGCAAAGUCUUGGAAAGGACUGGAACUGGACUCAUAGCACAAUGUAAAAUUACUGUUUUUACUGUAUAUUACCACAUACAUUUCAGUUUCUUUUUACAAACUGAAAAAAAAAAAAACCCAGACAAAAUUCAAAGAUUAAGCAUGUUAAGUUAUUAUGUCUUGCAUAUAUACAUUAAAAAGUGACAAAUGAAGACACAUUCACAACAAUUUGUAGACUGGAGUACAUAUGGCACCUCUACUUACGAACAGCUCAACAUACAACAUUUUCAGGGUAAGAUACACCGCAACGGAAACUAUUGCUUCUUGUUCCGAAAGAAAUUUUAGGAUACGAAAGGCAAAAAUGCAGUAUGGCUGGUACUCGCAGCUCCCAAAGUUUACUGAACAUAACAUACUUAUAGAUGCUCUGCCAUUGACUAUUGCCUAACAUUCCUGGCUUCCAAUUGGCUAAGAGGGACUUCUACUGUAUGUGUAUUUGUGUAUCCCAGCAUCCUCUUCAUUUGCCCCUAAACUUUUGUUCUUUAUUCUU